AUGAAUGAGAAGAACCAGACGUGGGUCACUGAGAUUGUCCUCUUGGGGUUUCAGAAUCUCCACAACUUCAAGGUUCCCCUGUUCUCUCUGUUCCUUCUGAUUUACAUUCUGACAGUUUGGGAGAACGUCCUCAUCAUAGUGUUGGUGGCCUUCAGCCGGAACCUCCACUCCCCCAUGUACUUCUUUCUCCAGCAGCUGUCCCUCACUGAUCUGUUGGAGUCCUCAAAUAUUGUACCCAUCUUGCUCCAAACCAUAAUUGAUGAUGGGACCACAUUGUCCUUUGUUGGCUGUAUAACACAAAUGUAUUUUUUGGGGAGUUUUGAGGUUUUUGAGUGUCUGCUCCUAGCAGUAAUGGCCUAUGACAGAUAUGUGGCCAUCUGCAUCCCCCUGAGAUACACUUCUAUCAUGUCCCACAGGGUUUGUGCACAGGUUAUUUCCAUUUCAUGGCUCGUCACACUUACUUCUGAAGCGAUUUUUGCAAAUAUGAUCGGUUCCCUCCAGUUAUGUAACCGAAAUACAGUUGACCAUUUCUUCUGUGAUUUAUUUCCUUUUCUAGAACUUUCCUGCUCAGAUACCUUCUCAGUGCAAAUGGAUACAGUUCUACUCUGUGUAUUUGUGGUUUUGUCACCCUUUAUACUCAUCAGUGUAUCAUAUAUGUGUAUUGCCCAUGCAAUCCUAAAGAUAGUGUCCCAUACCGGGAGGCAAAAAGCCUUCUCCACCUGCAGCUCCCACUUGGCCGUGGUCUCCAUGUUUUAUGGGACUCUCAUUAGUGUUUAUGUUGUUCCCCCAAGAAAACAAUCACAUACAAUAAGUAAAGUUCUCUCUUUGCUGUACACUGUAGGGACCCCAUUGAUUAACCCCUUGAUUUAUUGUUGGAGAAGUACAGAUUUAAAAGAAAUGCUUAAAAAAAUAAAAACAAAUAAACUUUGUAACAUAGAUUGA